CCCUAAGUAGGCAGCCUGUCGGUUCCCCUGCCCGCCCAGGGAAUGAAUGGGCCGCCUUAUUGCUGCGAGGACGAGGUGUCGCCGAGCAGAGAGGCGCCCUCCCGGACGGGGCUGGGGGGCGGGCCGGGAGAGGAGGCCAGGACCCCCGGGCCGGGCCGGGGGAGGGCAGGGGUGCAAGGGGAGGAGGCCAGGCUGGCUCGGUGGAGCCCGACAGGUUCCAGCGGCUCCCCUCACCCCUCUCCACGCCUCCCGGGUUUUCCCCUUGGCUCGGGGUUUCCUGUUUCAGUUCUCGGUGAUCUCCAGCAGCAGGUGCUGGUUUGCCAACCUCGGCUCCAGAGGAGGCGAAGGAGAAGGAAAAGAGGGAAGGGGAGGAGGAAGCGGCGCGGCGGCUGCGGCUGCGGCUGCGGGCGGGCGGGCGGCCGAGGAGCGAGGCGGCAGGCGGGAGAGCCGGCUUCGCUCUCGCCCGCGGAGCAGCGGCGCGGGCGGCGGGCGAGCCGAGGCCCCGGCGCGCGGCCGGCCGGCCGGGCGGGCGGCAUGGGGGAGCCUCCCGCUCGCCCCGCGCCCUAGCGGCGGCCGCGGCGGCCCAGGGCGGAGGCGAGAGGCGGCCGGCCGCCGGAGGGCCCCGGGGCCGCCCCGGCUUCCAGGGCAUGUCGUGAUGGCCGCGGAGAAGAGACCGCAAGAAUACGGGGUGCUUUGCAUUCAGGAAUACAGAAAAAACAGCAAAGUGGAGUCAAGUACACAUAACAGCUUCAUGGGCUUGAAGGAUCAUCUGGGGCAUGACCUAGGCCACCUUUAUGUGGAGAGCACUGACCCACAUUUAAGUACAUCUGUACCUUGGUCAAUGGUGGAAAAGCCAACAAUGGAUAAAGUUAAUUCCGGGAAGGAAGAGAAAGAGGUGUCUGAAGAGAAUGUGAGCUCUGGUGACUCUGAAGAAAGCACAAAUUCCGAUAAUGAGUCAGACCAGUCGAGAAGCAUUUCAGCAGAGCCAUGCUUAUUAACCAAGACUCACAGACAACUGUGUAGGUCUCCCUGCUUAGAGCCUCACAUACUCAAACGCAGUGACAUUUUGCAAGACUUUAAACCUGAGGAGUCCCAGACUACCUCCAAGGAAGUGAAGAAACCCCCCGAUGUGGUGCGAGAAUACCAAACAAAACUAGAGUUUGCACUGAAGUUAGGCUAUUCUGAAGAACAGGUUCAGCUUGUGCUCAAUAAACUCGGUACCGAUGCUUUAAUCAAUGACAUCUUGGGAGAGCUCGUCAAGCUUGGAAACAAAAGUGAGGCCGAACAGACGGUUAGUACGGUCAACAGUCUAACGCGGGAAGCGCCUUCCCUGGAGUCUCAGCGGUCAGACUCUCCGAUGCAAGAGCUCGUGGCGGAUGACGGGGAGAACCUGAGACCCGUAGUCAUCGAUGGCAGCAAUGUGGCCAUGAGCCAUGGAAACAAAGAAGUCUUUUCCUGCCGGGGAAUAAAAUUGGCAGUGGAUUGGUUUUUGGAAAGAGGCCACAAAGAUAUUACAGUUUUUGUUCCCGCUUGGAGGAAAGAGCAAUCCCGACCUGAUGCUCUUAUCACAGAUCAAGAAAUCCUGCGCAAAUUAGAGAAGGAGAAGAUCCUGGUGUUCACGCCCUCCAGGCGAGUGCAGGGGAGGCGAGUGGUGUGCUAUGACGACAGGUUCAUCGUGAAGCUGGCUUUCGAGUCCGACGGGGUCAUCGUGUCCAAUGACAACUACAGGGACCUGGCCAAUGAAAAACCAGAGUGGAAGAAGUUCAUUGAUGAGCGGUUGUUAAUGUACUCAUUUGUCAAUGACAAGUUCAUGCCUCCAGACGACCCCCUUGGCAGACACGGCCCAAGCCUCGAUAAUUUUCUGAGGAAGAAACCUAUUGUUCCUGAACACAAAAAGCAGCCUUGUCCAUAUGGGAAGAAGUGCACCUAUGGCCACAAGUGCAAAUACUACCAUCCCGAGAGGGGCAGUCAGCCGCAGCGGUCGGUGGCUGACGAACUCCGGGCCAUGUCCAGAAACACGGCAGCCAAAACGGCGAACGAAGGCGGGCUGGUGAAAAGCAACAGCGUCCCCUGCAGCACUAAAGCGGACAGCGCCUCGGAUGUCAAACGAGGCGCUCCCAAGAGGCAGUCGGACCCCAGCAUCAGGACUCAAGUCUACCAGGACCUCGAGGAAAAGCUGCCCACCAAAAACAAAUUGGAAACCAGGUCCGUCCCUUCUUUAGUUAGCAUCCCGGCGACUGCCACUGCAAAACCCCAAAGCGCUACGUCUUUAAGCAACGGCCUUCCAUCCGGAGUUCACUUCCCACCUCAGGAUCAAAGACCACAGGGGCAGUAUCCUCCGAUGUUGAUGGCAACCAAAAAUCACGGCACGCCAAUGCCUUACGAACAGUACCCCAAAUGCGACUCGCCUGUGGACAUCGGGUAUUACUCCAUGCUGAACGCCUACUCGAACCUGAGCGUGUCCGGCCCGCGCAGCCCCGAGCGCCGUUUCUCCUUGGACACGGACUACAGGGUGAGCUCCGUGGCUUCCGACUGCAGCAGCGAAGGGAGCGUGAGCUGCGGGAGCGGCGACUCGUACGUGGGCUACGGCGACCGCCCGUACGUCAGCUCUCCCGACCCCCAGCUGGAAGAGAGUCUCAAGUGUCAGCACGUGCACCCGCACAGCCGCCUUAAUUCCCAGCCCUUCCUGCAGAACUUCCACGACCCCGUGACCCGAGUGCAGAGUUACAGUCACGAAGAACCAAAGUACCACCCCAAGGCGCCUCUCCCGCACCUGGCCGUGCACCUGCAGCACCCCGCCGUCGGGGCCCGGGCCAGCUGUCCCGGCGACUACCCCUCGCCGCCCGGCUCCGCCCACUCCAAGGCGCCGCACCUGGGGCGCGCCCUGGUGGCCACCCGGAUAGACAGCAUCUCCGACUCCCGGCUCUACGACGGCUCUCCCUCCCGCCAGCGGAAGCCUUACUCGCACCAGGAGGGGCCGGGGGGCUGGGAGCGGCCCGGCUACGGGGUGGACGCGUACGGCUACCGGCAGACUUACUCCUUGCCGGACAGCUCCACGCAGCCCUGCUACGAGCAGUUCACCUUCCAGAGCCUCCCCGAGCAGCAGGAGCCCGCCUGGCGCGUCCCCUACUGCGGGCCGCCCGCGGAGCCCCCGAGGUACCAGGACAGCCGGGAGAAGGUCUACGUCAACCUGUGCAACAUCUUCCCGCCCGACCUCGUGAGGACGGUCAUGAAACGGAACCCUCACAUGACAGACGCCCAGCAGCUCGCCGCAGCCAUUUUGGUGGAGAAGUCCCAGCUGGGUUAUUGAGAGACGAUGCAUCUUUGUGGUGUUUAGUAGUUUUUUGUUCAGCUCAAACGCUGAGGGAGGUUUGCUACAAUAGCACAUGUGAUCUCCUUCUCGGCAAGGAGGUUCUAUAGUAUCCAUUUCUGUGAAGUACUGUAUCAUGGAAUCUGUAUGUAUCGCCCCACCUAGUGGAAAUAUCACGGGAUUGCUUUACAUGGAAACUUUUUUUUUUAACAUUUCCUUUUUAAAGCUCUCUCCUCGGCUGGAGAUUUUUCCAGUUUGAUUUCUUAGAUGUCUCUGUGAUCUUUGAUAUUCCUCUUUGGUGCAUCAGGGGUUUAUAUGCAGCACUUUUUAUCCUUGUUUCGUGUUUUCUUAACUUGGUGUUUGUCUAUCAAUCGCGAGCAAUUACGAUACCUUCAGAACGUUGAACAUUUGACUAGACCCUAGCCGACUAUUUUUUCAAGCCAAGCUUCAUUGGAAUCUUUUACAGCUUUUUAAGUUAUUUUUAUUUGGGGAAAGUGGGCUUCUUUGUGCUAGAAUCAUUAUUUAUAGAAACAAAGAUAUACUACCGCACUGACUUUAUAUUUGAAACAAAACGGAAGUUACCAGUUUAUGUUGAAAUGGGUAACCGUCUAUAUAUUAGAAUGAUUUACAAUAUGGCACUUUUCAUUGUUCUAGUUUUGUUCGGUUUUUUUUUUUUCUGUUAAGUAAUGAGUUAAUUUAAUAUGGUUGAUUUAAAGGAAAGCAGAUGCAAUCAAUGGAAAGAAUGGUUUCCAUUUUAUUACUAUUUUUCUUACCCAAUAAGGCAAAAGCCGCGUGUGCUCCAGCGUAGAGCUGUGCGACCCAGCUAUGAUGUGCUUCUAGACGGUAGAAACGGAAUUGAAUUCCCAGAUCCUCCUUCACCUGUAUUUUUCAUGUGUUUGUCUUUUUCUUUUGGGGGCACAACAAGACUGGAUAAAAUGACCCUUUCACAAUA